UGGUUCUAAUCUUAACCUCAACUUUAAAGCUGCAGAGAUGUUUAAAAAUACUUUGAAAAUUUUUCAAAUUAGCAUUAAUUUUAGAAAUUUAACGAAAGCUCAGAUUAGUAUGUCUUCUUCAAACAGAGAAAAAUGGGAUCUGCUAUCAGCAGUUUGUGUAGAACGAAAACCUGUGAUAACUCCUGCGUUAAACGACUUGGAACAGCAAUACAAACAGUAUUUACAAGAAGUAGAGUUUGAGAAGAGUUUAAAAUGUGAUCAUGAAAUGAAACACGAGUCUGAAAAGAGAGCUAUAGAAUCUUUAAAGAAAGGUGGAAACUUUGAUGAAGAAGUCAAUUUAAAACAGACUGCUCAAGACUUUGUUGACGCUGCUAAUGAAGAAUUGGCACAAUUUAAGCCGGCGGAAAAAGUCACUGAACCAGACAAAAACAACGACUUAAAGUCUCUUGAGAGAAAGUUGGAUAAACAUCUUGUGCUUGUCCUGGAUCAAAAAAUUGGUGACAAAAAUUAUUUUAUGCUUCCUCAAGGAGUUAGACAGGACGGUGAGACUUUAAGGCAGACAGCGGAAAGAGUUUUAAGAGAAAAUUGUGGUGACGAUAUUAAAGUACAAAUUUAUGGAAACGCGCCUUGUGGAUUUUAUAAAUAUAAGUACCCUAAAGCAGUCCAAAAUACCAAUGGUGCUGUAGGGGCAAAGGUUUUUUUUUACUUUGCGAGGUACGUUAAAGGUCAACUUCCUCAGGAAAAAAUUGAUUAUAAGUGGCUCGAUAGGACAGAACUGCAAAAAAAUCUCCCUUCCGCUUACAGUAACAGUGUAUCACAAUUCCUUUUAAACAAUUAAUCGAAUAGGUCUAAAAUUGUUAAAUAAAAGUAUUGUUUGUA